AUGUCGAUCAAAGAUCUCGAGGCGAGAGACAUCGAGCUCGAGACAAAGGAUGGGCCUCAGCAGCCUGUUGUCAUCGAUGAGAAGAGAGAGCGGGCGUUGAUAGCGAAGAUUGACAAGCACAUCGUCCCAUUUCUCGUUGGCCUGUAUCUCUUCAGCUUCCUGGAUCGAGUGAAUAUCGGAAAUGCUCGGCUUUACUCUCUGGAGGAGGACCUGGGCCUGACCGGAAACCAGUAUCAGAUUGCUGUUUCUAUCCUGUUUAUCCCAUACUGCCUACUCGAAGUCCCAUCCAAUCUGGUCAUCCGGAGGUUCACUGCCUCGCGGUACAUCUCGACAAUAACGACGAUAUGGGGUCUUGUGGCGACUCUGAGCGGCCUCACGCAGAAUUUCGCCGGCAUGGUUGUCUGCCGGUUCAUCCUGGGAGCCGUUGAAGCUGGACUGUUCCCAGGCCUGAUUGCCUACAUGACGCUCUUCUACGGGAAGAGGGAGAUUGCUCUUCGGGUGGGCUACCUGUUCAGUGCGUCUGCUGCGGCCGGUGCAUGUGGCGGCCUUCUCGCCUAUGCAAUUGGAUUUUUGGACGGUACCGCCGGCCUUAAGGGAUGGCGAUGGAUCAUGAUCCUCGAAGGCAUUCCGUCGUUCUUGAUCGGCAUUGCUACCUGGUUUGGCCUUGCAGAUGACCCAGAUACGGCCUACUACCUCACCGAGGAGGACAAGGAGCUCGUUAGGGCUCGACGGAGGCGAGAGAUCGGCCAGACGGACUCUGCCCAGCAGUUCCAUAUCGAGGAUGCAAAGGAGGGUGCAAAGGAUUGGACCAUCUACCUCUUCUGUCUCGGCCAGUUUGGCACUGAUGCUGUGCUAUACGGAUACAGCACCUUCUUGCCAACCAUCAUCAAGGCAUUUGGAGACUGGACGGGGCCUCAGGUACAGGCAUUGACGAUCCCAUGCUACGCCCUGGGUGCAAUCACAUAUCUCAUCGUCGCCUGGUUCAGUGAUCGAUACCAGAAGAGAGCAGUCUUCGCCAUCGCCUUCACCUGCGUUACCAUCUUAGGCUACGGCUUACUGAUCUCUAAUACUUCCUCGGGCGUACACUACUUUGGCUGCUUCCUCAUCGCCGGCGGCGUCUACGUAGCCGUCGGUCUGCCUACUGCAUGGCUCCCAACAAACCUGCCACGAUUCGGCAAGCGUGCAUUCGCCACAGGUCUACAGCUCACCCUUGGAAACACCUCCGGCAUCGUCACCCCAUUCUUAUAUCCUGAGCAUACCGCACCGCGCUACAUCAUGGGCCACGCCGUGACUCUGGCCCUGGCCGGCCUCUCAGUCCUGAUCUACUCCUUCAUGUGGUUUUACUAUUUGGGUAUUAACAAAGCUCGUGCGGCGGGCAAGGAAGACUAUAAGAUCGAGGGCAUGACGCACGAAGAGAUCCAGGAGAUGGGAGACCGCAACCCUCAAUUCAGAUAUCAUACCUGA